AUGAAUCACGACUUGGAGCCAGCCUCUUCAAAAUUCAAGAUGGAAACUUCAACAGAUCGGCAGAUCCAUCACUCUCAAGUUUUAGGUACAGACCACGCGUUGAGUUUGACUCCCCAACAACUAGACGAUUUGGCUUCCUGGGCCGAUUACACCAAUUUCAACGAGGGAGACCUACACUUCGAAGACCAACUAGGUUUCAAUGUUCAGCAUCAACAGCACCAAAGCGACGAUCAACCGGCCCACCAAGGCCCUCAGGGUGAGAAUCAGUCACCAUUUGACCCUGAACAUCUGGAAAGUUUGGACUUCUACAAUUUUCAAAAUGGCCAGAAGCAGCCGUCUGGAUCUCAUUCAGGUCAAAACCACAACCCCAGCUUCCACCGAGGCUCUAUUUCUAACGCAGAUUCUAACAGUGGGGUUACGGAAUUUUUGAAUGACUCGCAUCUGCAGUUUCAGUCGCCGUUUGUGGAUAUGCCAUACGACAGCAGUUCUGUGUUUCAGUCCUCCAAGGGUGAUAGACUUCCACAGUCGUAUAAACCGGAAGUAAUUUUCACGCCUUUGAUAUCGCCAGCUGUCACUCCCCUGGACUCCAACCGCAACAAGUCGCUGAGUGCGCAGGGAAAUGGUAAUUUCAGUCCUUUGACAUCCCCGGCGCUGGAAUUCCAGCAUCCGCGGUCACCAGUUAUGAGAACCAAACGGAGUCCCAACUCGAUGGGAUCCAGCUCGGUGUCUCCACCCAUUCCUUCUCACGACGAGGCAAGCUUGAAGACGAAAAAGCCCAAAACUCCUGCUUCCACUCCGUUGGUGGGGCCAAGUCUCUCGGGCAGAAUGGCCAAACAGUCGCCAGUCAUCAAGGCCAGAAGAGGCGGGUACACGCCGUCCCUGAAGAGACAAUCAUCCUCUAGCUUCCACGGGUCUAGCCGAUCGUCAUCGGUGAUAUCCAUGAUGACUCCUUCUUCGGUUUCAACCCAGGAUACGGAAGUGGCUCUCCCUGAUGCGGAAUUGAUGCUUCCACCUCCCGUUCCCAGAAAGGAGAGGCAGACCACUAGUCCCGAAGAAGAUGAGCGCAUCAGUUCCACCAGCUCGGAGACCAUGAGACCGGCUACUCCAGCGAUGUUGAUGUCCUUCACGAUGCAAAAACUACAGCAGAAUCAAAACUCAGAACGCAAUUUACAGCAGACCUCUCAGAGCCAGUCCCCUUUGAAGUCACACCCACACUCGAACUCUCACGAUAAUUUGAAUGAUCCCGCCUAUAACGGAAAUGUCGUGUUUGCAAAUCCAAGACGCCAUUCGUCGACCCAAUCGUCCCCGGUCAUUCUUCCAUCUUCGAGUUCGAUGACCACACUGACGAACGUGAAAUCAUCGACUUCAGUGGAUGAUCAUCCAAUUGAACAUACCAGAAGCGACUCGGUGCACUCCAAUAGUGGAUCUAGGAGUUAUGUGGAGGAAAAGAUGCCUGACAAGAAGGUGAACCAUAAACUGGCGGAACAGGGAAGGCGGAACAGGAUGAAUGUUGCGAUUCAGGAGUUAGAACAACUGAUACCGGAGCCACUGAGGAAAACUGUUGUUGUUCCUUCGAAAGCCACUACGGUGGAACUUGCUUCUAGAUACAUUGCACAUCUACAGGAGCAGAUACGGCAAAUGCGAGGUUUGGAAAACAACGAUCCUUCGUGUUUGAGCUCGAACUCUUCAAUAAGUCCUCUGGAUUAUGCUGAAAACAAGUGA